AUGGCUGCUUUGAACUUAUGUUACGUAGUUGGAUUAAUUGUAAACAACCUUGUUCAAUUUUCUGUACUUAUUACUAAAUUGCAAGGAAUUCUUAUGUUGUGGAAAUUAAAUCAAGCAAGAGCCUUGUCUCUGGCAUUUGGCGUACUUGCAAGGAGAAAAACCAAGAUAAAAAGGAAGCUGCUACAUAAACAAAUAAGGAGAAUGCAAAGGAAAGAUCGAAGUACAUGGUAUAAACCAGGUCGAACUGACUUGUGGUGGCAAAAUAUUCGCAUGG